CAUUUAUUCACCUGCGUAUUUUUACAGUCCGGUGGAGGUACACUUCCAAUUACAGCAAGGACACUGGAAACCAUAAUUCGUCUAUCGACAGCUCAUGCCAAGAUGAAACUGAGGCAUGAGGUUCUGAAAUCCGAUGUUGAGGCUGCAUUGCAAGUUCUAAAUUUUGCAAUAUACCACAAGGAAUUGACUGAGAUGGAAGAGAGAGAACAGAGAGAAAUGGAGAUGAAACAGCAAGCUGCCCUCCCACCUGCCAUGGAGAAGUUUGACGUCACACCAUCGCCGGCACCGGCGGCAGGGCAGCCACGAGCGCUGCCGCUCACGUUCUACGACCUCGUUUUCUUGGCCAUCCCGCCCGUACAACGCCUGUUCUUCUACGACAGGGCCGACCUGCUCGACGUCUCCGACUUCACGCUGGGCGAGCUGCCACGAUUCAGGGACUCCCUCGCCGCCGCGCUACACCACUUCUACCCGUUGGCGGGGAAGCUAACGUGCGAGCUGGUCGACGAGGAGGCCGCCGCGCCGCCGAAGGGACCGAGGGACCAGGGAGCGCCGGGAGGAGGAGGAGGGAUCGAGGGAGCAUGGAGCGCCGGGUGGAUGGAGCAGCCGAGCAGGGAGCCAGCCAGCCAGGGACCACCGGGAUGAGGCAGCAGCCGAGCA